AGAUUGACUUUUCCUUCUUGUUUCUCUCUUUUUACUUUCGCUUUGUAAUAGAAGCAAAGGCGAUUUUGCAUUUGUGUCGUCAAGUUUCUGAAAGAGGCUCUAGACACGCAUUUCAAAUUAUUCCAGUGUCUGGUUCUUGUUGUUAUAAAAAGGACCCUCUGGUUUGCAAUUUAGCAGAUAUCCUUAAAUAUUAAAACCACCAAGUGAAAAUGAAAACAGCAAUUUUCUCACUGUCCUGCCUUCUCAUUGGCUUCACAACCAACCUCUGGCUCGCUUCUGCCGCAACAAAUAGAGUGAUCGACGUAGAUGGUAAGGAUCUUCUAGCCCGAACAAACUACUACAUUUUGCCAGUCCUUCGAGGCAACGGUGGUGGCCUUAAAAUGUACAGUGGAAGAGAUACUGAAUGCCCAUUUGACGUUGUACAAGAACCGAAUGAGGUUAACAGAGGCCUUAAACUUACAAUUGUCCCUCAAAAAUCUACGGAACAGUUUAUUCGUGUAUCCACCGAUGUGAACAUUCAGUUUUCAGAUAAAUCAACAUGCACUGCACACACAAAUGUGUGGAGGCUUGACCAAGCCGAUUUAGCUAAUGGUACAACGUAUGUCUCAACUGGAGGAAUCUUAGGCAAUCCCGGUGCUUCGACAUUUAACUGUUGGUUUAAGAUUGAGAAAGUUGAGCGUGGAACCAAUUGGUAUAAGCUUCGGUUCUGUCCUUCUGUGUGCAAGCAUUGCCCGCCUGAUUGCGGUGAUGUUGGUGUUUUGAUUGAGAAGAGUGGAACAAGACGCUUGGCUCUAAAUACCACUGGGAAAGCUUUUGAGGUUUUCUUCAAGAAGGCCUAGACUUCAUUUUAUUUGCACUUCGUCUUUUGCUAAAAUAAAAACCAAUAAUAAGCAUUUGAUCUGUUGGUCAAUAUCUACAUCCUAAUAAAUCCAUGUAAUCUGUUUUCUUUAUGGGUAACUAUUAUUGUUUGA